AUAAGCACCAAUAAACCUUUGUGAUAAGUACAAGCACCAAGACCACAAACUUUCAUUACUCCUGCAAACUAAGCCUAAGCUCUUUCAUCAAUUCUAACAGAUACUUCGAAUUCUGAACUUGAGGCUGUAAAGAUGAGGGGCAUGAUGGUUUCGAUGAGGGAAAAUCUUCAGAACGUGAGGAAGAGUCCGCGAGUAGCGGAUGAGAGUAUGUUUGGUGACAAUGCAAACGGUGCUGGAUUGCCUAUUUUAGCAGGAAAUAAUGGCAGAACGCGACAUGGGUGGAAAGGAUUCAGCGUUAUAUGCAGCAUCGUUCGUGCUCCUCUCGUGCUUUUCUCCUGCCUCUCACAUCCUCAUAUCAGUAGUGUGGAUGGAGUUUGGGUGUCAGGGGAGUUUGGACGGAUAUCUGAGAUGAAUCAUCUCAUGGUUAAUGACAGCAUGCGCUAUGCCAUCCUGAUGUGAAUUUGUAAGGUGGCUCGAGUAAGAUAGGAAAAGAGUUCUCGGCAUUUUGCACUGGAUAUCUAAUUUUGUAUCCUGUAACUUUACUUUUCAUCGUUUUCAUGUAAAGUACAGAUUUCAAUAGAAAGAAACUGAUCCUAUGCUGCUUGCAUGCAAUAAAAUAGUAGAAAUCAAUGCAUACUGAGUACUUACUUAAUAUGUAAUAUGCAAUGGUACUGAGGGUUUCAUAUUCUGACUAC